AAAAGCGGGAUGUUGAUUGACUUGCAGAAGUGAUCGUUCAGUUCAAACUUCUUGAAGUGCUCUUAACUAUUGAUAAAGUUUAAAGGUUAGGACAGGUACAGUUAUAUGAUGAAUUAAAUAUUUGAAUUUUAAAUAUGGAAAAUGCUGAUGAUGUAGCUUUAAGCGAUGAAGAGCCAAUCACAGCACAAAAAGUUCUUCAGACGUUGCAAGAAGUUUGGUUAAAUGAGAAGUUUAGCCCUGAAUUAUUGCAACAUCAGUCAGACUUAGUUGACUGUAUUCUGGACCAGAUGCAGCAGAUGGAAGAAAAUCUACAGAAACUUAAAAAGAAUGAUUUCCGUGUUGUAAUUCAUCGAAUGGAAUUGGAUCGGAUAAGAUAUAUUGUUACAGACUACUUGAGAAUUCGAUUAAAUAAAAUUGAAACUUACGUAAUUCACGUACUUGAGCAAGAUGUCAGUAGGAGUACAGAGGAUGCAUUUCUCUCACCACCAGAACUUAAAUUUGCUAAGGAGUUUUUGGCUCAUAUGGAAGAUCAUUUCAGACUAAUAGCCUUGAGGCAUAUGCCAUCCAAUGUGCAGGAUUUCGAUAAAGCUAAAAUGGUUGUGAUCCCAAACAUUUCAAGUCAUGUUUUUCUUCGUGCAAAGCAGAGUAUUACUGGUGUAGUGAUAGAAGGUGACGUUGAAAAUCGGGAGGAAGAAGUUGAUUUGGAAGAGAACUCUCAGCAUAUUAUGCAGUAUAAACCAAUAGCAGAUUACCUUAAAACAGGGGCUGUACAGUUAAUUUGACUACUUCAGACAGACUUUCUGCAAGGUGACAUUUUGCACCCUGAGAGUUUGUAAUCUUGCCUUGUUGUUCAAUUAGCUUUCAUCAUGUAUAAAUAUAUAGCACAGUAGUGUCUUAAACAAAGUAAUUCAGUUAUUCUGUGAGGUGGUUGCAUAAUGUGGGUCCCAGCUGCUUAAAACUUCCGUCAUUUCACAAAAUAAUCUUAAUUUACAAACACAACCUGUUGAUCGCUGUCAAUUUGCAGCACUUAUAUAUAUUGGAAGUUACUUCCAGAUAGUAAUAAAAUUAACCACAGUAGUAAUUUUUUAAUGUUUUAGUUGCUGUAACCUUUCAAGUAAUCAUAAGAUGAUUUUAAGGACAUUAUGACUGUCUUUUUCCUAAAUGCAUUUAGUAAAAACCAUUUCAUGCAUAUCUGUAUAUUAAUCUGUUCAAUGUGUGAAUCAUUUUACAUUCUGCUGUCUUCAGAAGUAUUUAACUAAUUUUAAAGUUAUUAAUAGUUCUACAUUUCCCAUCUAAAACUACGUUAAAAUACAAUGAAAUCGUGUUUCUUGAAGGUAGAUUCUGAUUGAACAGUUCUUUAAUUUGUUUAUUUCUAGUCACCAGGUAAAUCUGAAAAUAUAGAAGUGCCUUUUAUAUAUUACUGUUUGUUUAAUAUAUAGUGUUUUUUUAAUCAUGUAGUGCUUCCUGUGUUGUGAAAUUGAUGGUCAGUCAACCACACAAAAUAAGCUUUUAAACUUUAGUUAAACAUAACUGAAGACUGCAUAAUUCUGCUGAAACAUAAAGAAAGUAAAGGUAUCUCUGUAAAAGGCCGUGAAAGCGCAUAGAGUUGUGAGAUGUCAGAGCUGUCACAUU